UUUGUGUCUUAAAUCUUCACUAUCCGAUCAUCCCAAAGCCCAAGCCCAACCCACCUCCCCAACCACCACAUUCCGCCACCGUCCACCGCCAUAUCCGCCGGCUAAUAUAUAGCCAUUUUAGAUGUCUACAACACUUCUACCAUUUAGAACUCACCACUUGUCACUAUCUCUUGAUCCUCAAUUCAAGAAACACUCCCCCAUCAUAUCCUUACCUUCAUCUUCACUUCUUUUAACACCCAAAGCUUCAAACUUUUUGCGCAGAAAUGGAGUUUUGGCACGUGCAGAAGACAAGGCACGUGGUGGAACAGGAAACCCAUCUUCAGUUCAACCUCCACCUCCAAAACCCAAUUCAGAUAACCAAUUUCAGGAUGUUACAUCAUCUGGAUCUUGUGAUCCUUUAUGUUCAGUGGAUGAAACAAGUUCACAAGAUUAUGAAGAUACUUACCAACCAAAAACUGAUAUAUUGAAAGCUUUGGCAAUUUUUGGAGCAGCAGCAACAGGGGCAGUUGCAAUUAAUCAUUCUUGGGUGGCUGAAAACCAGGAUCUUGCAAUGGCAUUGUUGUUUGGUUUAGGAUAUGCUGGUAUAAUAUUUGAAGAGUCACUUGCCUUCAAUAAAAGUGGAGUUGGUUUACUAAUGGCAGUGAGCUUGUGGGUUAUUCGUAGCAUUGGGGCCCCCUCAACAGACAUAGCUGUAGCAGAGUUAACACAUGCAUCAGCAGAAGUCAGUGAAAUUGUGUUCUUUUUGCUUGGUGCGAUGACUAUAGUGGAAAUAGUUGAUGCGCAUCAAGGAUUUAAGCUGGUUACUGAUAAUAUUACAACUCGCAAGCCACGCUCUCUUCUUUGGGUGGUUGGUUUUGUGACAUUCUUCCUGAGCUCUGUGCUUGACAACCUCACAUCUACAAUAGUCAUGGUUUCAUUAUUGAGGAAACUGGUUCCGCCAUCAGAAUACCGAAAGUUACUUGGUGCGGUAGUUGUAAUAGCAGCAAAUGCUGGUGGAGCAUGGACUCCUAUUGGUGAUGUAACGACUACUAUGCUUUGGAUACAUGGCCAAAUAUCCACAUUGCCAACCAUGACGAGCUUAUUUGUGCCUAGUGUGGUUUCCCUUGCAGUUCCGUUGGCCCUCAUGUCCUUCUCAAGUGAACUUGAUGCUAAAGGACGGAAUACAGAUGAUGUUUUGGCUUCCGAACAAAUGGCUCCACGUGGGCAACUUGUAUUUGGAGUGGGACUAGGGGCAUUGGUGUUUGUUCCAGUGUUUAAGGCUUUAACCGGUUUGCCUCCUUAUUUGGGUAUGCUAUUUGGGCUUGGAGUUCUUUGGAUCUUAACUGAUGCUAUCCACUAUGGCGAAUCAGAGAGACAACGGUUAAAAGUACCUCAGGCUUUAUCCCGUAUUGAUACUCAAGGAGCACUCUUCUUUCUGGGGAUCCUAUUAUCUGUCAGCAGCUUGGAGGCAGCAGGGAUUCUUCGAGAAAUAGCAAAUUAUCUAGAUUCUCAUAUCCCCAGUAGCGAGCUGAUUGCAAGUGCAAUAGGGGUAGUUUCUGCAAUUAUAGAUAAUGUUCCACUCGUGGCUGCAGCAAUGGGAAUGUAUGACCUUUCGUCUUAUCCUCAAGACUCCCAGUUUUGGCAGUUGGUAGCAUUUUGUGCAGGCACAGGUGGUUCCAUGCUUGUCAUUGGUUCUGCUGCUGGUGUUGCUUUAAUGGGAAUGGAGAAAAUUGACUUUUUCUGGUAUUUCCGGAAGGCUAGUGGUUUCGCUUUUGCUGGCUAUGCUGCAGGGAUCGCAACAUAUUUAGCAACUCAGAACCUACAUUUCUCUCCCACAACCGUAGCUGCCAGUCUUCCGUUCAUCUCAGGGUCAUAAAGUGUUAUGAUACGGAUAUGGACUAAAAAGUCGGCUUCAAGGGACCAUUUGAAAAUGUAAAGCUGGUAGGGUGAGAUAGUUGCCUACACCACAGAAUCAAGUGGUGCUAAAAGAUGUUAAUAGAAUUUAAAUGUUGUAAUAAUGGCUCGGGUGUUGUAUAAGUUCUGUUGAAUUCGCCGAAAUGUAGUUUCGCUAAAAUAUUGAGAGGAUAAGCAGGAAGAUGAGUGUGUAAGAGCAGAAUUUUAUGUAAAUUUCAGAAUCUGUAGUAGAAAAGAUGCUUCAAGCAUAAGGCGUCGUUUCAUGUAAUUGCAGGCAAACUGGCUUGUGUAGAGAGACCUAUAAAUGUUGAAAUUUCAACCCAUAUAUUUAUGUAUUCGUCAAUCUGGGUUAUGUUUUAUCUCAAA